AUGAAUUUGUUUUAUCUAUUUCUGGUCUUACCUUCAAUAUAGCAGAAUUUAUAAAGAUAUCGAAUUCAAUUGUUAAUCAAAUUAGACAAUCCUUAUAAAAUUUCAAAAAUCAGUGAAUCAGAUUCAAUUUUCCAAGAUGAACAGGAAGAGAUUUUAAUUGGGAAAUUGAAAUAGUUAUAAGUAUUUAAAUUUUUAACAGAAGAAUUAAUUACAGGAUUAAGAAAAAAUCUUUAAUCAUUAUGA